AUGGCCACCCCGGCUUCUUUAAGUCCCGGUCCCGAUCCCGGCAGGAGAGCCCCUCCGCAACACCGCUGUGCUUCGGCGCUGGCAGCGGCGGCGCGGCCGGGAGGAGGCAGCAGCUCCUGGGCUCCCGCGCGCGAGAGCCCGCGAAGCUGCACCAGCAGCAGGAGGAGCAGGCUGCGGCGAUCAUGGCGCCCAAGAUCAAGGGAGACGUGGUUGGCAAUUGGGAGGAGGUACCUGAGAAACAUUUCCAGGAGACUAAGGGCGAAGCACAGGAGCGUCGGUAAGGGGUCGCUGACGUCAUCCAUGGCCGCCGUUGAUGACGACACAGCCCGCGAGAGGGCCGAGGCCGUGGCCCGCGCCAUCUCCUACUGCAAGGACACGCUCCGGCGGUCGUCGAUGCCCCCGCCGCCGUCUCCCUCGCCUAGCCUUGACGACUGGCUCCUCGACGACAGAGACAGACAAGAGGUGAAGAUCAUCGCAAGCGCUGCUGAGCAGCACUGCGACGAUUGCAGGACCAGGGACUCGCGGCCCUCGCCGACGCGUUCUCGCCGCGACCAGGACGCCGGCUGGCCCAUCCGGGUGCAGACGAUGGUGAAGCGAUUCAAGGAGUCGCCAUGCUCGUCCUCGCCAAGCCGGUUGCCGUGGCGAGCCGAUGAGCAGCUUGGACGACGAGUUGGAGUUUCUGAAAACAUUCGAUGGGGGCGAGGAGAUGAUCAAUCGCCAUUUCAUCACUGUGGAGAUCCCAAGAAGCGGCUCUCGAGCGUUCAGGAAGCAGAGUCCGCUCGAUAUGAAAAGGAAGCGAUUAGAUAUGAAAAGAAAAAAAUCGUGUCAGCGUAG